AUGGUGUACGUAAACAAUGUGGAACGGGGUCAACCUGAAAUUUAUGUGGUAUUGGAAGAAGCUCAAGUGGGCGUCCGAAUUCGUGAAUCAUACAACUUGGAUAUUGAUCGACUACCAAUGUAUCAAGAAAGCAUGGGUCUGCUGGACAUUGAACUCAGUGUGCCGCCUCAGUACGGUGUUGUAAGUUUCAUUUAA